AUGUCCAACUGCGACAGCAAUAGUUCGACCAAAUACUUUUUCCUGGUUGGACUUCCCGCACUUCAAAACUACCCCAUUCCUCUCUUUGUUGUGUUUCUCGCAUUCUACUUGCUAAUAAUGUCUGGCAAUUUAGCAAUCAUUGCUAUCAUUGCCACUGAGCAAAAGCUCCACAAGCCCGUGUACUUCUUCCUAAUCAACCUCUCUGUCUUGGACAUCCUGUUCACCACCACGACUAUUCCUAAAAUGCUGGCCAUGUUUUCAGUCAAUGCAAAAACCAUUUCUCCUCCUGCCUGUUUCCUGCAAAUGCAUUUCUUUCAUAGUCUAACUGUGAAUGAAGCUUACCACUGCUUUUGUGACCACCUGUCUGUCGUCCGGGCAGCUUGUUCCAAUUCUGACUCUGAUUUCCAAACGUUUGUUGGGUUUUCCACUGCAAUGACGAUCUCCAUUGUUCCUCUGCUGCUUGUCAUGAUUUCUUACGUUCACAUCAUUCUCUCUGUCUUGAAGAUCAGCGCCAAAGAAGGACGCAGCAAGGCCUUUUCCACCUGCUCCUCCCACCUGAUUGUGGUUGGGACUUACUACCCCUCCAUCACUGUGACCUACAUCUCCUACCGAGCAAACACCCCGCUCAAUAUCCAGAUCUUGAGCACUGUGGCUUUUGCCAUCUUGACCCCUCUGCUAAACCCACUGAUAUACACGCUAAGAAACAAAGAAGUCAAAAGCACACUGGGAAGACUGCUCAUCUCAGAAUCCUCCCAGUUUUGCAAAAUAACUGUUUCCUUGAAAAAAAGCGGCUCUGGUGAAAAAGGCACACUUAAGCCUGCACAUCACUUUUGCCAUGGGACGAAGAAUCAAGUCAAUCGAUAA